GUGGAUGGCGCAGCCGGCCGGGCCGCGAGCACACGCCGCCUCGGUAAACACUGGAAUUAAAGUUUUGAAGGAUGGGUAAAGGCUUCCGCUAUUAUUUCCAGCAUCCCUGGUCUCGAUUGAUCGUGGCUUACUUGGUGAUCUUCUUUAACUUCUUAAUAUUUGCGGAGGACCCGGUUUCUCAUAGCCAAACAGAAGCCAAUGUUAUUGUUGUUGGAAACUGUAUAUCAUUUGUAACAAAUAAAUACCCUAGAGAAGUUGCCUGGAGGAUUCUCAAGGUGCUUCUAUGGCUACUUGCCAUUCUCUUAGGACUGGUAGCUGGCAAAUUUCUGUUCCAUCAGCGUUUGUUUGGUAAGGUGCUCCGGUUAAAAAUGUUUAGAAAGGAUCAUGGAUCAUGGAUGACAAUGUUCUUCAGCACAAUUCUCUUUCUCUUCAUAUUUUCUCACGUAUACAACAUGAUUCUUCUAAUGGAUGGGAACAUGGGAGCGUAUAUCAUCACAGAUUACAUGGGCUUACGAAAUGAAAAUUUCAUGAAAAUAGCUGCAGUAGGGACCUGGAUGGGCGACUUUGUGACCGCGUGGAUGGUUACUGAUAUGAUGCUUCAGGACACUGCCUAUCCUCACUGGGGAAAGGCUGCAAGAGCUUUAUGGAAGAAAGGACAAGUUAGGAUCAUUUUAUUCUGGACAGUUCUUUUCACUCUGACUUCAGUGGUUGUAACUAUCAUCACAACGGACUGGAUCAGCUGGGACCAUCUCAACAGGGGAUUUUUGCCCAGUGAUGAAGUUUCCAGAGCAUUCCUGGCUUCUUUUAUUUUGGUGUUUGACCUCCUUAUUGUCAUGCAGGAUUGGGAAUUUCCACAUUUCAUGGGAAUGGUUGAUGUAAACCUUCCUGGGUUACACACCACUCAAAUGCAGUUCAAGAUUCCUUUCUUCGGGAAGAUCUUUAAAAAGGAACAUAGUAUUCGCAUAACAGGUAAAUGGUUUAACUAUGGAAUUAUCUUUAUCGUCUUGAUUUUGGAUCUUAAUAUGUGGAAGACUCAGAUAUUUUAUAUACCUCAUGACUAUGGACAAUAUGUUGGUCCAGGACAGAAGAUAUAUACAGUAAAGGACUCGGAAAGCUUAAAGAAUUUGAACAGAACUAAGCUCUCCUGGGAAUGGAGGUCCAAUCACACUAACCCAGAGACUAAUAAAACCUAUGCUGAGGGGGACAUGUUCUUACACAGCAGAUUCAUUGGGGCUAGUAUUGACGUCAAGUGUCUGGCUUUUAUUCCAAGUUUGAUGGCUUUUGUGUGGUUUGGAUUCUUCAUUUGGUUCUUUGGACGAUUUCGGAAAAAUGAACAAGGCAUGGAGAAUCAAGACAAAACAUACACACGCAUGAAAAGAAAGUCUCCAUCAGAGCAUAGUAAAGAUAUGGGAAUCACUCGAGAAAACACACAGGCCUCGGUGGAAGACCCAUUGAAUGAUCCUCCUUUGGUUAGCAUCAGGUCUGAUUUCAAUGAGAUUGUCUACAAGUCUUCCCACCUAACAUCAGAAAACUUGAGCUCACACUUGAAUGAACCUACUGGCCCCAUAGAAGCAGAUCCAGAUCCAACAAUUUCUAUAAGUACACCUACGAACUAGUCACUCACUUACUUGAAGAUAGCACACAAAGCAACCUUGAGUGUAACUUUAAGUUAGUGUUUCCUUUUGUAUAUGUAAGGUUUACGUAGUAUUAGGUUAAGAAAUACAAACAAUGCCACAACGGUGCUCAACAUGCUUUUUCUAGGACUCAUUGUUUUCUAUUCGUAUUAUGAUACAUGUGCCUACUGUAUAUCUAACAGUCCUCUAGAAAUUGCUUUUCACAAUUGCACAGGCUAUUCACUGACUUUACAGCAUAGGUUAGCUGAUUUCCUGCAUAUCUGAUGUUCAACCAUAGUGGUGCCUUGAGACAUUAACUGUUUUUAACUGUACCAGAAAUGAAGUGUGGAAUAGUUUUUGUAUGCAAUUAUUUUGAUCUACACUUGAUGUCUGAGCAAGAAGCUGAUGCAGUCAAGACAUGGCUCAGGAAGUAUUUCUUAGUUUCUUAUGCAGCUGCAGAGUUAGUGACUUUGACAGCUGAACUGCGGAGAAGCAUGGUGAUUACCUCUGAAUUUUAUUGGCUGUCUGCCAAAAACAAAUACAGGUACAAAAUUCAGUAAUAGGAGAAUGAUAAUCCAACAUGGGUCACUACUUGUGAAAUGUGACUUUCUCCAACCAGUAAUUGCAAUCAGAUGAUAAUACUUAAUUAUGUUGUCCUAAUUAAAGAUAAAUUGCUACUUGAUUAAAAUCCUUGCCCUUCACCUUUGGGACAAAGGUUAAGAAGCACAGUUGAAUGAACUACCAAAUUUAUUAGCAUCUACACAAAGCCCUAGAAGACCAAGGAACUGAAGUUUUAAUCAUGCAAGGGUUGCAUAAUGUACCAUCUAUAAUAUUUGUACAUCUUUCUGUAAACAUGGCUCUGAAUAGUGAAAACUGAAAACAUAUUCCAAUCCUGAGCAAGGGAACUCCUCUAAAUCAUGCAGCAGAACCUUGUGAGGUAGAAAAAGAUGUGCAUGAAAGAAUCUGUUUUGUGGCUUGUUAUGUGUGUGCGUUUGUUUUUGAUUUUUAAAGAAUUAAACACCUCACAUUAAUAAAAAUUAUAAAUCAGUGA